AUGAACUUUGGUUUCAGAUUCAAAUAAACAAAACCAAUCAAAUUUCCAAAAAUUGAGGUAUAAGAUAUAUUACUAUCUAAUAAGAAUUAAUUACUCAUAAAAAUUGAAGAAUAUAGAAAGAAGAUAUCUGAUUUUCGUUGGUAAGAUUGUUAUAAAGGAGAUGUGGAAGCAUGUCUUUAACUUGAGAAAUUAUUGACUGAAUAUAUUCUACUAUUAGACUAAGCUAUUGAAUAACAAGUUAAGAUUGAUAUAUCAUUCUCAUGGAAUGAUUCAUAUGAACCUGUAAAACAGAUAGAAUAAUUUAGAAUAAAUUUACUUAAUCCAAUUAAUGGCAUUAUGAAUACUCUUGUUCUCUAUACAAUCUUGGAUUACUUUAUUAUCAUUUGGGAUAAAAUAUGGCAACUGUAAAGGAUGCAAUUAACAAGAGUCGUAAUUCCUAGUGGUGUUUUUAGAGACUCUCUGAAAUCAUAGCUUUUGUUAAUUCAAGAACUAUCCAUUAACAUUCUGAUCUAUCAUUUGUGCAUAUUCAUAUGCAUAAUUGUUAUGUAAUUAUAUAUCUUUCAUCAAUAGGCUGAAGCCUUUGGAUAUAAGAAAUUAUAUGAUCAUUUUUAAACAAAUAAAAAUCCUGAUGAUCAUCUAAUUGCCUUGGGUUUAUUAUAAGAAUCAUCUAAGAUGUAUGAGUAAACUAUUAGAUGUUUGACAUAAACAAAAUAAGGAAGUAAGAAACCAAUUCCACCUAUUAUAUAUAAUUAAUUGAUGGAGAAGUUUUCUAAUGAUCAUACUAUUACUGUGGUUAUUACUAAUAUGGAGUUAGCCAAAAUGAUGGCUAAUACAGCUAAAGAAGUUCCAAAAGAAUAAAGAAUGGGAAAAGCAAUAACCUAUUUGAGUAAGGCUGAAUAAUCCAUAUCUGAUCUUUUUAAAAAGUUUAAAUAAAAAAAUGAGUUCCUACUCUUAUAAUAAUAAUAGAUAUUAAUUCUUAAGAAAGAGUAUUUAUAUCUUAAUGAAAAUGCUUUUAAACAUCCUAUAGCUAAAGAAUAUGAAUUAUUAUAAUUACCAGUUAAAUAAGAUCUUAUUAAGGCAAGACCUCCAGAAUUAUUUUAAAAUAGAUAAGAAAAUAAAUAAUAAGAAUAUUAAGUAGAAACAAAAAAUUUAAUUUUACAAAUAAAUGCCAAUAAAACUUUUGCUUAAUAAAAAUUAUUAGAUUUACAAAAUAAUUUUAAUUCUAUUUAUUCUUAAUAUAAUAUACAAUUUAUGGUUGAUUCAUAUUAAAAUGCUGAAACUUUAAAAUUAACUCCAUCAAUUUAGCAAAAAGUUGAUUUUAUUAAAACAAAAGGAGGUUGGAAAGGAUGUCAAUAAUAAAUUCAAAAGAUACAUUAAUUGUAAUAGGAUCAAGGAAAGAAAUUGAUAAAUAUCAAAAAUUAAUUAGAUUUACAAUCUAUGUAAAAAGUAGCUCCUAAUCAGGGUUAUUAACUCUUAUCUUAAUAGAUAGAUAAUUUUAGAAGAAUUGUUGAAGGUAAUAGAUUUUAUUUAUAAUAUAUAUAGAUAUAUAAAAGAAACUAUUAGAGGCAAGUUUAAUAAAUAGAACUACAGAGGAUUAAAUUAAUGGCAUUAAAGAAUAACUAUUAUUUAUAGAAUAGAAUAAUAAUCAAUUGAUUGCUUGUAAAAUGUAGAAUUCUUUGUAAGAGUCACAAAACUUUUACAGGAAGAAUUUAAAUACUUUGAAAAAGUUAUCUAUUACUGUUGAGACAAUAUUUAAUAAGAUGGAUUUAAUAAAAAUUUAAUUGGCAAAUUUAGAAAAAUAUAUUGAUGAUUUAGGAUUAGAUUAAAGUAAUCAUUAAACAAUAGACUCAAAUAUUUUAUUAUAAGCAUUGAAAAUGAUCUAAAUAAAGAUUACAGAAUAUGAUGCUAUAGUAAUAACUUAUAUUUAUUAUAGUUUAAUUCAAUAAAUCUAAAAGAUUUAGAAUAGAUUGCAUCUUAAUUGGAGGAUAAGUAACCAUUUCUUAUCAUUGCAAAUUAAGGAGAACAAGAAUUUGAGAAUUCCCUCAAAAUGAUUCAGGAAGUAUUUUACAAUUUAGAAUAUGCUUAAUAAUUUUAUGAGUAUUUUUAAUUAGAUAUACAUUUAGUUCCAUUUCAUAAUAGGUCACUCAAUUAGGCAACAUAAUAACUGAACUUACAAAUAAUAGUGAUUGA